AAAAAGCUAACAGUACUUCGGGCGAUUUUAUUUAUUCCAACCCUUCUCCAGUGAGGUGUUUUUGUGAAACAUCUAACAUGCAGCCAAACAUUGCACACUUAGAAAAGCUAGCUGAAGCAGCUUGUAAAUUGCUGUUCUCUGCUGAAAGAGAAUCAUCUAUUGUUUUCAAUAACAUUACAUUGUCACACUAUUUCUCUUGGGAAGAUUUUACAGAUCAUAAGAUGUUUGCUCUCAAGGCAGGAAUAUUAACAAAUAGGAAAGAUACUAGUUGGACAGGAAGCUCCUACUCGUUCAUUGACAAAACUAUGCAGGAAUUCCUUGCAGCUUAUCAUAUCGCGUGUAAUCUCCAUGUUAUCGAUGACAUCAUUUAUUACUAUCUUAAACGUAACAAGAGUUUAUAUCUGGAUAUAUCGCAAGUGUUCAUAUUCCUGUGUGGGAUGAACAUUUUUGCUGCAAAUAAAUUGUCGGGUUUGAUGAAUGAAUGUGACGUUGCUCACAGCAAGUGUUCUUCUGAAGAUUCCCGUGAGUUUCAGAGCAUAAUUGAGUCUGGAAUAAAAGAGGCAGCAGCCAACAGGCAAGAUGGCAUUGGCCUGAAACUCAGUCAUUUCAACAUAACUGCUGAAAACGUGAGAGAGUUACAUCGCAUAUGGUCUACAAACACAUUAAAUGUUCUGUCGUUGCAUUUAAAAAUAUUAUUUGGCGACCCAGAAUUCUGUAUUUUGAGUUCACAUGGUCCUAGCAAGCCUGAAGCUUGUUAUGAGUUAAACCUGUCAUCAUGCCACAAGCUGAAAUCAUUGAAACUAUCAGGAAAUGUCAUAUGGAUGAAAGAUACACCCAGUUCAGCAACACCAGAACGUCCGGUCUCGAUUAUUCUAAACUGUGCAGGCCCACCUCCAGUACUGCCCUCCAUAGAAGAAAUUGAAUUGUACUUUGUCAAAUGUUCCUCUACCUGGCUGUGCAGUCUGUUUAGCAUGCUGCUGACCCUCGAUCAUGAGGUGAAAUGUAGACUAAGUUGUUGUAAAAUAACAUCGUGUGUUGAGGCAUCAGAUGCAGAUACAGUAACAUUUGCAUCAUUAAAAACUGGUUUAAACACUACAUUGAAAAUAAAGAUUGGCAGUCCAUGUCAUUGGGAGGCACUCCAUGGUCUUAAUAUCAAGAGUCUGACUUUGAUUUGGGCAUUUGAAGCUUUGGAAGUGAAUUGUGUGGAGCUAUUGUCACAGUCACUAUCAUCACUCACACAGCUGGAAACACUUAGUAUUGAAGCAAUAAAGUACAGUCCUGUUUUUUUGGAGGCUCUCCGUGGUCUUCAUAUCAAGAGUCUGAGUUUGAGUCAGCAGAUUUAUAGGAGCUGGAACCAUGAAAAGACAUUGUUGCAGUCACUGUCUUCACUCACACAUCUGGAAACACUUAGUAUUGAAAUGUGUGAAGACAGUCCUGGUCUGUGGGAGGCUCUCCGUGGUCUGAAUAUCAAGAGUCUGAGUGUUAAGAAGUGUAAUUCAUUGAAUUAUGUAGAAUUGCGGUCACAGUCAUUUUCAUCACUCACACAUCUGGAAACACUUAGUAUUGAAGUGUAUAAAGAUAGUCCUGGUCUGUGGGAGGCUCUGCAUGGUCUGAAUAUCAAGACUCUGAGUUUGAGUCAGUUGGAUUUAAGAAUGCCUAGGAACUGGGACCAUGAAGAGACAAGGUCCCAGUCACUGUCAUCACUCACAAAGCUGGAAACGCUUACAAUAUCCUCAAACUCCUGA